AUGAGAUUUGGGAAAAACAUACUUUUUGGGAUGGUAUCAGGUAAGCAAGCUCGUAAGGAUCACAAACGCAGUAAUAAGGUUCCUAUUCUUGGGUCGAAACGGAAUCAUGGUGUUACAAAACAAACAUCAAAUAGACUUAAACGUAUGCUUAAAAGGAUGAAUGCUCGUGAUUCCCUCCUCAUGAAAUCUUUCAUUCGAAGAGAGGUGAGAGAUGAGGUUGAAAGAAAAUUCCAAGAGCUCUUAGUUUCAAGAGAAAAGAUUAAUGAAGGUGGAAGAUCUGGAGCCAGAUCCUUAGAGUUGUGUUUUAUUAACAAUAAUAAGUUGCCAAUUACGACUUAUACUAAAACUAAUAUAAUUCCAAAUGAUGAACCAUUUCAAGUUGCAUUAUUUGAUGUUAGAUCUAAGUCAAUAGUCAACGAUGGUCCUUUCUCUUCAAUAAAGAUACAGAUUUGUCCCAUCAAGGGUGAGUUUGAAUCUGUUGAUGAUGAAGAUUGGACUCAAAAUGAAUUCAAUGGUAAUAUCUUGCAUGAAAGAAAGAAUAAAGAACCAUUGUUGGUUGGAGAUAGGUUUGUUACUCUUGAAAAUGGAGUUGCUUCCAUUUCUAAAAUUAUGUUCAAUGAUAAUUCUGGAUGGGUAAGAAACAAAAAGUUCAGUUUGGGAGCGAAAGCUAUGAAGAAUGGAGAGAACAUUAAGGAAGGUAGAAGUAAAGCUUUUAGGGUCAAAGAUGUCAGAGGAGAAGCUUUCAAGAAACAUUAUCCUCCAUUCUUGAACGACUAUGUGUGGCGUUUGAAGCUAAUUUCUAAAAAUGGACCACUCCACAAGCGACUCCGUGACUACGAAAUUCAUACGGUUAAGGAUCUUUUGAGGUUACUCAUAGUCAAUGAAGCUUCACUACAUCAGAAAUUUGGCAAAAUUCAGAACGAGUGCUGGUCUGAUAUUAUCGAACAUACCCGGUCGUGUGUUGUAGAUGAUUUCAAGCUUUACGGCUAUGAGAUGAUUGGACAACCAAUACUUCUUCUGUUCAAUGUGAUCUUUGAACUUGUUGGUGUGACAUUUGAUGCACAAGAGUUUUAUUUACCAGAUGAUCUCACACUCACACCCAACCAGAAGAAUUUGGUAGAAACUGUGAAGCAAGACGCAUACCGAAACAUUGAAAAGUUAAAAGCAAUUGAUGAGGCUGCAUUGAACUCCAUAAGCUUAGAAGCAUGUAUAAAAUCAACACAAGAACAAGAUGUGCAACAUAUUGAUAUCUCUGCAGAGAAUGGAGCUGAGUGGAGCACUUUAGUUGAUUUACUGAAUUCUGAUAUGGAGAUAUCAAACAGUGAGAAACCAAAAGCCUUGUGGUGUAAGAUUCGUGCUGUUGUGAAAUUGGGAAUAUCAAUGAGAAGAGUUGCAGCAGCCAAGAGGAAUGAAGAGCUGUCUUUUCGUAAGGUUUAUGAUAUCGGUUUGGCUCACGUGGAAGGGAGAAGAUUCGUCGGCGAUGGUUAG